CUGGGGUGUGGCGGGUGGGUGGGCGGACUCCUUGCUCCUGAUGCCAGCCAGCCUCCCUGGGAACUUACCACACUGAUCAUCUCGAAGGAGUUGAAGUUUGCAGCCUGCUAUGGAGUUCUCCUGCUUCGGCAGCCACCUGGGCUGGGCUGCUUGUGUGCUGGCACUGGCCCUGCUCCUCCGAGCCAGGAGAAAGGGCUCCUGGCACCCACGCAUGUCUCCCACUGACCUGACGGGCAAGACAGCCAUUGUCACUGGAGCCAACUGCGGGAUCGGGAAAUACGUGGCCUUGGACCUGGCCCGCAGGAACGCCCGCACCAUCCUCGCCUGCCGCAGCAGAGAGCGGGGGCAGGCGGCGGUGGAGGAAAUCCAGAGGGCCACUGGGAACCCAAACGUGCUUCUGAGGAUCGUGGACAUCAGCAACAUGGCCUCCAUCCGGCACUUUGCCAAGCAGAUCCGGCAGGAGGAGAAGCGGCUGGACAUCCUGGUCAAUAACGCCGGAGUUACAGACACCAUGCAGAGCUCCGCUCCAGCCCGCAUUGUGAACAUCUCAUCCUUCAGACACGUCCAGGGCAUGGCCAACAUGAAGCACCUGACCGGGGAGGAGAGGCCCAAGAACUUCGACCAGUCGUACACGAGCACCAAGCUCAUGAACAUCCUGUUCACCAACGAGCUGGCCAGGAGGCUGCAAGGCACGGUCCGCCGAGGAGGGAGCAGCCAGCACCAUUUACUGCGCCGUCUCAGAGGAGGUCGCAGGCAUCACGGGAAAGUACUUCGACAGCAACUGCAGGCUGGCGCUGCCCUCUGCGGCUGCCCGCGACCUGGGCCUGGCCCGCAAGCUGUGGGAGGAGUCGGAGCGAGUGACGGGCCUCCCGGAGAGUGGGCGCAUGUGAACAAUGGAGCCCAUCACCCCUGCCCUGCAGCACCUGGCUACUGCCACUGGGACCUGGGGCGAGCAGGAGGGGAGACGGGGUGGAGGUGGGGGCUCUGCUGGCGGAAGCCUGCAGGAAGGAAGGUGGGAAUUAGCUGAGCCAUUGCAAGGUAGAGUUGCCAACUUUUUACUCGCACAAAACCGAACACACUUGCCCCACUGCUGCCCUUUCCCCUCCCCCUCCCCCUCAUGUCACUCACUCUCCCCAUCCUGGCUCACUUUUUUAACAGGGCUGGCUUAGUGGGUAGGGGUGUGGGAGGAGUGAGGGCUCUGGCUGGGGGUGUGGGCUCUGGGGUGGGGGCCAGGGUGUGGGAGGGGGCUCCAGGCUGAGGCAGUGGCUUGGGGUACAGGGGGGUGAGGACUGUGGCUGGUGGUGCUGAGAUGAGGAUUUUGGGCUGCAGGAGGGUGCUCCGGGCUCGGGCAAAGGGGUUUGGAGGGUGGGAGGGGAUCAGGGCUGGG